CGUUGGUGAACGACAUACGCGAAGAAGUGGAGUGCCCGCACACACGCUGCCGGGUAGCGCUCUUCCUACUGUCCUCUGAUACGAAGAUUUACAAGCAUGGCUCGGUGGUAUAGCUGGUUGGUGUUGGCCGCCUGCGCGGUUAUCACGCAGAGUUUACCAGAGUCUGACGAGUACAAAAUCCCAGAGGUGCCCCACGGUAAGAGGGCUCAGUACUACAUCCAGCACGACGACGGGGACUUCAAGUACGGUUACGAUACAGGAGCGGGAGCCUACGAGAGCGCCGUCAAAAUGGGUGGUGGCGACCUCACAGGAUUUUUUGGAUUCAACAACGCUUUAGGAGAAAACGUACGAGUGGAUUACACCGCAGGAGCUGAUGGCUUCAAGCCAAGAGGGGUUCAUCUUCCGGCCGCACCGGAGACAGCAGGAUACAGAGCCGCCUCGUCAUCCACAUCUCAAAAAAAGGAAACUUCGCAAUCAGCAACGGCUGUUCAGUACUCUGCAGGCAGUAAAAGGACUUCAGGGACUGCUGCUACGUACAGUGGUGGCGCUGUCCCUACUAAGAGUAAACCUGUAGAAGAAGCAAACAUUAAUUCUGCCAGCAACCUAGACGGAAGUUAUUCGUUUUCAUACGACAAUUCUGAUAGUUCAAGAAAGGAAUCAGGUGAUGCUGGUAACAACGUGGUGGGGCAAUAUUCUUUUGUUGCUGGUGAUGGUCAACGACGAAAUGUUCAGUACAAGGCAGGGUCUGCCACUGGCUUCGUUGUCGAGGGUGACGGUAUCCCGACGCCUCCUUUGGUCCGUACUGCGGUUGCUCCAGCGGCCGUCGUACCGAAUGUUGCUGCUGCCGCUGGCUCUGUGAGACAAGGUUACACGUACAAUGCCCCAGCUACGCCGGUAGUCUCAACUCUCUACAAUGCACCGGCGUCCUCUUCUUCUUCUUCUUCUUCUUCCUCAGCUUUAUCUUCUGCCCCUUUCAUAUCCGUUUCCGGCACGCAGCAAAAUGAACCUCGAGGAGAUGCAUCUUACUCCUUCAAGUACCAAACCAGCGAUUCUGCGCGCGAAGAGAAUGCUGAUCGUGACUUGAAUGUCAGAGGCAGCUACAGUUUCAAGGGAGAUGACGGUGAAAAUAAACGAGUGGAUUAUAUCGCUGGAUCAGGAACUGGAUUUGUGGCCACAGGAAGCCACCUCCCAGUGGCCCCUGAGGUUGGAGUCGCUGCUCCGUCGGCAAAGCCCAUUCAGUAUUCAGCGCCGACUACCUCACACGACUAUCAAAUUAAUAGAGGUAGUGUACCCUCCGCCGCCUAUGCUUCCCAUCAGACUGGUAGCUCUGGAACUAAAGUCACUUCUGGUUACUCGGCGCCAGCGAAUGAACCACGAGGCGAUGCAUCGUACAGCUUCCAGUAUCAAACGGGAGACAGUUCCAGGACUGAAAGUGCUGACAGUGACCUGAACGUCAAGGGAGAGUACAGCUUCACUGGUGACGACGGACAACUUCGAACUGUGAAAUACAGAGCUGGAUCAGGAACGGGAUUCGUUGCUGAAGGAGACCAUAUACCUUCAGAUGAUGCCAUUUCUCCCAAGUACAAAUCAUCAAGCAACUACGGCCUGACAACGGGUACUGGAGUUUCACAACCCUCUCAAUACUCCGCUGCAUCUGCGCAAGGAGCAGCCUACAAGACUGGCCAAACUGGCGAACAGACAGGAGUAAACAUCGUAUCCAACCGAAAAUCUGAUGGGAGCUAUAGCUUCUCCUACACGAAUUCUGAUAGUUCUCGCUCCGAGAAUGCCGAUGCUAACAACAAUGUGGUCGGGGAGUACAGUUUCGUUGCUGAUGACGGCCAGAACAGGAAAAUUCGUUACCAAGCUGGAGCGACAACAGGCUUUGUGGCUGACGGCGAUUCAAUUCCUUCAUCUCCCGAAUUCAAAUCUGCUACCACAAGAACAUCAAGUUCUUCUCAGAGAGUCUCUUCUGCAGCAAGCCAAGCAGCAGCAUCGCAAUACUCUGCUUCGCAGACCGGAACCAAGGAGGGCAAGAAUGAUGCUUCAUACUCUUUCAGCUACAAUACCGGAGACAGUUCAAGAAAUGAAGAAUCUGACAAGGAUUUGAAUGUAAAAGGAUCUUACAGUUUUACUGCUGAUGAUGGCAUCCAGAGACAUGUGAACUACAUUGCUGGAUCCGGUACGGGAUUUGUUGCUGAGGGCGAUCACUUGCCGAAAGAUGACACCACCGUUACCGGAAUUAGUUCUGGAUCAUCUCAUGUUGGAGGAUCUCAAGUUCUUCUCAAGACUUCCUCCUCGGCUUCAGCCUAUCAAGCUGGCAGUACGAAGCAAGAAACCGCUAAUGUUCGAAGCAGCGCCAAUGCUGACGGAGGAUACAGUUUCUCAUACACAAACUCUGACAGCUCCCGUAGCGAAACAGGAGACGCCGCAAACAAUGUAGUUGGACAAUACUCUUUCAUUGCCGACGAUGGACAAAAUCGUCAAGUGAGAUACAAGGCAGGCGCUGAAACUGGAUUCGUUGCAGAAGGGGACGGGAUUCCAACGGCUCCCGAAGUUUCACCAAGUCUACAUAGCGCAGCUCCGGCAGCUGUCCUUUCAUCGGCACAUGAUAUUUCAUCCGUUCGUCAAGGGUACACGUACAGUGCACCAGAUGUACCCGCAAUUCCAGCAUUGUACGGUCCUCCAUCUCCUACUUCUGCUGCUCGCUCAGGAGAAGGAAACAUCCAAACAGGAGCUCGAGGGGAUGCGUCGUAUUCGUUUAAGUACGAUGCCGGCGACAGCGAUCGAGAGGAAAGCGCCGACAGGGAUCUUAAUAUCAAGGGACAGUAUAGCUUCGUGGCCGAUGACGGCGCUCGUAGGAAAGUUAACUACAUUGCUGGUUCAGGCACUGGAUUUGUCGCACAAGGUGACCACUUGCCAGUGGCUCCAGAGGCUACACCAGCAGAACAAGUAGCUGCGUUUUCAUCUAGCGGAUCAAGAUUUGGAGCCGCAGCAUAUUCCGCUGCUAAUCAUGGUCAGAAAUAUGAGGCUGAGAGCCCUAUAGUAAAAGAAAGCGAGAGAGAUGCUUCAUACUCGUUUGCUUACAAUGACGGAAGCAGCACAAGGCAAGAGUCCGCCAACAAGAAUCUCGACGUCAAAGGGACAUACUCUUUUGUAGCCGAUGAUGGAGUAGAACGUAAGGUCGACUACAUCGCAGGGUCUGGGACCGGGUUCGUAGCUACUGGUGAUCAUUUGCCAGUGCAAGUCGAAGGAACUUCCAAUGAUGGUCAAUCGACAUCUGCUUCUGCGACUGCGUCUAAAUACAGCUCUACUUCACAUUCUGGAGUAAGUCACUCGGCUUCUUCUGCAAGCGUUCGUUCUGGAAACUACAAGUACACCUCAGACGGUCAAGUUAUCGGCAAUGUCCUACUUCGCCAAUACGCUCCUGGUCGCUCGAAAUUCGGCUAUGUCUUCACCGAAAUUUAAAUGACGCUUGUAUUUCCUGUGACGUGAAAUUAACACAAAACGCAUAUACGCAUUUCAUGUACCUGCUUUCAGUCUCCAAUGGACACUUGUACUUUGAUCGUCUCACAAGCUUUCGUAUCGGCGCAAAUUUGCAUGCAAUGCUUCAGUAUCAAAAUCAACUCGCAAUAAAGCUUUAUGAAUUCAA